AUGUUUACCUUCAAACGGGCCUUGUUGACGGCCGUCGUGGUACUGGGCUUCUUCAUCCUGCUCAAGAACUCGCAUUCGCAACCGACAGCAGCCGCUUUCAACGUAAAUUCGCCCAAGCCUACAGGCUCAUACUCAGAUAAUCGCAAGAUCCAAAUACAGCCACCUGCCGAUGUCACUACUUCGCGACUGGCUACACCACAAGCCUCAACGACGCCGGACGCCGUCGAGGAACUCAAGCCCAAGGCCAACUACAAGAAGGCCCGUCCGCAAAUAUCCCUGCAAGACCUGCAUGCCAUGCCGCUACGCCAGCAGCUGGCCUACCAAUUCCCUUACGACCCCGAGAGCAAGUUCCCUGCAUACAUCUGGCAGACAUGGAAGACCAGCCCCUCGUCUGGCGACUUUGAAGAAGACUUCCGCCCUGGUGAGGCUGCCUGGACCGAGUUGCACCCAACCUUUGUGCACGAGGUCAUCACCGACAACGUCGCUGCCAAUCUCAUCCGUCACCUUUACGCCGCCGUUCCCGAUGUUGUUGCCGCCUACGACGCUAUGCCUGUUCCCGUGCUCAAGGCCGAUUUCUUCCGCUACUUGAUUCUGCUGGCAAGAGGAGGCAUCUACUCAGACAUUGACACGCGCGCAUUGAAGAGUGCCACCGAAUGGGUUCCCGCUGACGUCCCACGCUCCAGCUACGGCAUGGUCAUCGGUAUCGAAGCCGACCCUGAUCGCCCGGAUUGGCACGAUUGGUACUCGCGUCGCAUCCAAUUCUGCCAGUGGACCAUCCAAUCCAAGCCCGGUCAUCCUAUCCUACGCGACUUGGUCGCUACCAUCACCCAAGAAACUCUGCGUCGCAAGGAGUCCGGCAAGCUCACCAAAUCAAGCAUCGAGUCGAUUGUUGAGUUUACCGGUCCUGCCAUCUGGACCGACGCCGUUUUCGCCUUCUUCAACGACCCCGAUUACUUCGACAUGUCAACGAGUAAAGGCAAUAUUACAUGGGAGCACUUCACUGGCAUUACACAGGCUAAGAAGGUCGGUGAUGUCGUUGUCUUGCCCAUCACGAGUUUCAGCCCUGGUGUUGGCCAGAUGGGCGCUGGUGACGAUGACGACCCGAUGGCCUUCGUGAAGCACAACUUUGAAGGCUCAUGGAAACCCGAAAAUGAACGCCACAUUGGCGAAUGA